GGAGCCUCGGCCGCGGAAGGAAGGCGCCCUGCCAUGUUCAGCCGGAGCUCCCGGAAAAGGCUCUCCAGCAGAUCUUUGUCUGGACUGGGUGAGCCUGAAAGAGGACAGCCUUGCAAUGCCUGCGGUGACCAGUGCCCUGGGUUUGCUCUGCAUAAAUGGAGGAAGAUCUGUCUGCACUGCAAGUGUCCCCAGGAGGAGCACAUCGUGACGGUGAUGCCUUUGGAAAUGGAGAAGACGGUCAGCAAGCUCAUGUUUGAUUUCCAGAGGAACUCGACCUCCGAUGAUGACUCGGGCUGCGCUUUGGAGGAGUAUGCCUGGGUCCCGCCGGGGCUAAAGCCUGAACAGGUUCACCAGUAUUAUAGCUGUCUCCCAGAAGAGAAGGUGCCCUAUGUCAACAGUCCUGGAGAAAAACUGAGGAUUAAGCAGCUCCUCCAUCAGCUGCCUCCACAUGACAAUGAGGUUCGAUAUUGUAAUUCUCUGGAUGAGGAGGAGAAGCGAGAGCUCAAACUUUUCAGCAACCAAAGGAAACGGGAGAAUUUGGGCCGAGGAAAUGUCAGGCCAUUUCCCGUCACUAUGACGGGGGCCAUUUGUGAACAGUGUGGAGGCCAGAUUAAUGGAGGUGACAUAGCUGUAUUUGCAUCAAGAGCCGGUCAUGGAGUGUGCUGGCACCCAUCAUGCUUCAUGUGCACAGUUUGUAAUGAGCUCCUGGUGGACCUGAUCUAUUUCUACCAAGAUGGGAAGAUGUACUGCGGCAGGCACCAUGCUGAAUGCCUGAAACCUCGUUGUGCAGCCUGCGAUGAGAUCAUCUUUGCAGACGAAUGCACGGAGGCUGAGGGCCGCCACUGGCACAUGAAGCAUUUCUGCUGUUUUGAGUGUGAAGCAGUGCUAGGUGGUCAGCGCUACAUCAUGAAGGAGGGGAGGCCCUACUGCUGCCGCUGUUUUGAAUCCCUCUAUGCCGAGUACUGCGACGCCUGUGCCCAGCACAUAGGCAUCGACCAAGGUCAGAUGACAUAUGACGGGCAGCACUGGCACGCCACCGAAACCUGCUUCUGCUGUGCUCACUGCAAGAAAUCUCUCCUGGGGCGUCCCUUCCUGCCAAAGCAAGGCCAGAUCUUCUGUUCGCGGGCCUGUAGCGCUGGAGAGGACCCCAACGGCUCAGACUCAUCGGAUUCUGCGUUUCAGAACGCCCGGGCCAAGGAGUCCCGGCGAAGCGCCAAAAUCGGUAAGAAUAAAGGCAAGGCGGAGGAGUCCCUGUUGAACCCGUGCGGCCAGCUGCAGGUGACCCCCAACCGGCUCUCGGCCGACGUGGACCCCCUGUCCCUGCAGAUGGAUCUGCUCAGCCUGUCGAGCCAGACGCCCAGCCUCAACAGGGAGCACAUCUGGCGCAGCCGGGACGAGCUGUACCACUAUGGGAACAAGAUGGAGCAGAGCCCGUCUCAGAGCCCCAUGCAGCUCCUGAGCCAGUGUAACAUGAGAACUUCCUACAGCCCGGGACAGGUGGCCGGGGCUCAGCCCGACGUGUGGGGAAAGCACUUCGGCAACCCCAAAAGGAGCUCGUCCCUGGCCAUGAAGGGACACGGCGGGAGCUUCAUGAAGGAGUGCCGGGAGGACUACUAUCCGGCCAGGCUGCGCUCCCAGGAGAGCUACAGCGACAUGUCCAACCAGAGCUUCAGCGAGCCCCGGGCCAAUCUCAAAGUCUCCAAGUACGAGGAGGAGGAGGAGGAAGGCGGCAUGUCCUCCCAGCCCUGUCGCACCCGCCAUCCGCUCAGUGCAAUGAAGUACACGGAGGAUCUCACCCCCACGGAGCAGACGCCCCGCGGCUCCAUGGAAUCUCUGGCACUGUCCAAUGCAACAGGUCUCUCUGCGGAUGGUGGCGCCAAGCGCCAGGAGCAUCUCUCCCGAUUUUCGAUGCCGGAUCUGAGCAAAGACUCAGGGAUGAACGUCUCAGAGAAACUGAGCAACAUGGGGACCCUCAACUCCUCCAUGCAGUUCCGGAGCGCGGAGUCCGUGCGCAGCCUGCUCUCGGCCCAGCAGUACCAGGACAUGGAGAGCAACCUCCACCAGCUGUCCACCCCCAUCAGGUACAGGGACUUGCAGUCGCGGGGAAGGAUGCACCAGAGCUUCGACCUGGACGGCGGCCUCUCGAGCAGUAAGCUACCGGGCCAGGAGGGAGCCCGGAUCCAGCCCAUGAGCGAACGCACGCGCCGGCGGGCAAGCCCGCGGGAUGACGCCCGCCGCUUCCGGCCCCAUCGCUCCCGGCGCUCGCGGCGAUCUCGUUCCGACAACGCCCUCCAUCUGGCCAGCGAGAGGGAGGCCAUCUGCCGCUUGAAAGAGCGGCCGCCGCUGAGAGCCCGCGAGGACUAUGACCAGUUCAUGCACCAGAGGAGCUACAGGGAGAGCCUGGAGCAGGGCUCCCGCCGGGAACUCUACGGCCAGUGCCCGCGGACUGUCUCCGACCUGGCCCUGCAGAAUGCCUUCGGGGAACGCUGGGGGCCCUACUUCGCCGAGUACGACUGGUGCUCCACCUGCUCCUCCUCCUCGGAAUCCGACAACGAGGGCUAUUUCCUGGGAGAGCCCAUCCCGCAACCGGCCCGCCUCCGGUACGUCACCAGCGAAGAGCUGCUGCACAAGUACGGGUCCUACGGCGUCCCCAAGUCCUCCACGUUGGGGGGCAGAGGACAGUUGCACAGCCGGAAAAGACAAAAGAGCAAAAACUGUAUCAUAUCCUAA